AUCAAUAAUCCCUAACAACACUAUCAAAGUAUCAACCAAGUAUCAAAUAAACAUGGCUGGUAAAGGAAAAGGCAAGAAAAAAGAAAAAGAGGAAGGUGGUGACAAGAAAAAAGGCAAAAAAGGUGGAGUAAGAGUUAAGAAAGGGAAAGCAAAAGGCAGAUGUAAUGUGGACAUGCUAACUGACGCAGCUAUGGAUAACGUGUACUACGCUUGCCAUAAUGUUCAGGAAUUGUUACAGGCAAGGGGAUUCCAUCCACCUGAUUUUAAUAAAAAGAAGAAGAAGGGUAAACGAUAAGUUUUCUUUUAUUU